GCGCCCUCUGCUUGGCUGUAAGCCUUCCUUUGCUGAAGCAAUCCUCCCAGAUUACAAGCGGAAUACACGAGUAUACAUUUCACAUGAUUCUUCCCCAGUAGAGCUAUAUUAAAAUCACAGACACUAAUGGGUGAUUCGAUUUUUUCCUAUCCUAUUUUGUGUGCAGACUCAUGAGAGAGAGCAUCAUUUCUACCUGAGAGAAUAAGGCUCCAUCUGACAAGUGUGAACAUAACCGAAACGCGUAACGUUAGCGAUAUUCUGGCCAGGCUAUGGAUAGUCACAGAUGGGCAGGCCCUAGAACACCAGCAUGACCAUUGAAGACCGCGCCUUACACAGCCCACUGUAAGAAGCUGCUUGCUGCCCCGCCCACUUAGUGACGUCACUCUCCUAUCAUCGGGUCAUCCUGUCAGCGGCAGCGCCGCUCAAUUCCCAUGAUAUGUACCUCCGCGGCUUCCGUAAGUGGUCAUCGCUGCUGUAGCCUGUGUUAACACUACGGUCGGUUAAAGCGGCGGAAGGAGAAGCAGCAGCAGCUGCGCCGGAACUACUUUGACGUAUCAUUGUUUUAAUCCCAGUCAUGUUUCUAUAACGGGAACUGGAGUGAGGUACAGAGGGAGGAUGCGGCUUACACUGGGCGCUGCACAGCCGCUUCCGCCAGCGCUGUUCUCUAUAGAGCCCGUCCGCCGCCCGGUCAUGACCCGCGUAGCUUUUUGGUCCCCGCUGUAAAGGGCUGCAGGUGGUCCUCGGCGUGCUGUCCUGGAGGCUGAGCCCCGGUUACAUGAGGAGACAUGGCCAACCAGCCGGUGAUACUGAACGUGUAUGAUAUGUAUUGGAUCAACGAGUACACAUCAUCCCUGGGAAUCGGUGUCUUUCACUCUGGUAUUCAAGUAUAUGGCAGAGAAUUUGCUUAUGGCGGUCACCCUUAUCCUUUCUCUGGUGUGUUUGAGAUAUCGCCCGGGGAUUCUUCAGAACUUGGAGACACAUUUAAGUUUAAGGAAGCCAUAGCUCUCGGAAGCACAGAUUUCACUGAGAAUGACAUAGAGAAAAUUGUAGAAGAACUUGGAAAGGAUUUCAAAGGGAAUGCUUACCAUCUAAUGCACAAAAACUGCAACCAUUUUUCAUCAGCUUUAUCAGAGAUCCUGUGCGGUAAGGAGAUUCCUCGUUGGGUAAACCGGUUGGCAUACUUUAGUUCCUGUGUACCUUUUCUACAAAGCUGUCUACCGAAGGAAUGGUUGACGCCUGCUGCCCUCCAAUCCAGUGUCAGCCAGGAGCUGCAGGAAGAACUGGAAGAAGCAGAAGAUGCAGCUGCCUCCACCUCUGCAUCCCUAGUGCCCAGGCCGGGCCGACACACCAAACUAUAGGGGAAUAUUCAUGGAAAACUGACAAGAAUUGUUUUUCUUUUUGCAAAUAAAAGUGUUUGGAUUGAUCUCCAGCAACUGACACCUCUGUCCUUCAGAGGAAGUGUGUUCCACACUAGGACAUAAAUGACCACAUUCAUUUGACGUAUUUUCUGCUCAGGAUCAUGUUUGUAUUCAGAAGGCUAUGGUUCCUACAUAUCUUUCCAGCAUUGUUUCAGAAUUUUUAUUUAUUUACUUUUGUUACUUUCCCUAUUUUCAGUAUUUAACGUGGACUUCCCACUUUUUUCUUUAUAUGCCUGCCACUGACAAUGAAGAACUGUUACUCGCUACAUGUAGCUGACAGAAUGGAAAUGGGCUUACCUCAGCUGUUCAAUCCAGUAGCGCCUGUAUAUGCAGCACAUGCUCCUCAGGAGUCUCCACCUUUUCAUACUUUGUUCUACCUGGGUAAAUCACAUGUUGCAGUUCCUUCUGGCCCCAUAGGGUUUUUUAUAACUGACCUACCCAACCUGUGUUCUUGUCAAAGCCAAAUAAACCUGUGGGAGACUAUUUUAAGAUCCACCAGCUCCAUGGGAAUCUGGUAACUUGUAGCCUAGUUCUGUAGGACUGUUGAAUUCUAGAUGAAGGUGCUGUGGUUUGACAGGUUAAAGCAUUCCUCCGGUUUAAGAAGACUUCUGAUGUUAGAGACCUGUGAAAAGUUUUCAUCAGAGGGCACGUGCUUGCUGACAUGCCAGUCACUAGAUUGGAGCUAAUGCACAUAGGACACAUCUCGGCUUUGGCUCCCAUCAGCUUUCUCCAGCUUUAGGGCUCAUGCACACAGCCGUAGACAAUUUUUUUUUUUUUUUUUUUGCUGUCUGCAAAUUGUGGAUCAACUUUUCUGAUUUUGCGGAACAGAACAUCCUGCCAUCUAUAGAACAGUCCUAUCCUUGGCCGUAGUACGUACAAGAAUAGACCAUGUUCUAUUUUAUUUAUUUUUAUUCUUUUAUUUUUUUUACGGGUACAGCGGAACAGACAUACAGAUCUUUUGUGGUCACAUUGAUGUGAAUGGGUCUGCAUCAGACCACAAAGAUGCGGACAAAAACACGGUUGUGUGCAUAAGCCCUUACUUUGAAAGCUAAAGACGUCUUCAGUUCUGAGUAAAGCCGUCAGGAGCUGAAGUCUGAGGCCUCCACUGUUGAAAUCUCAAAUCUCAGCAGUUUUCGAUAACUGGGGAACACUUAUGUCAUUUCUCUCUAGUGACUGAGAAUUUCAUUUGAAACCCUUAGACUCCUCCAGGACUAGAGCUAUGGAAGAAAACCAACAAGUACUGUACUUUUUCUAUCAGAUCAGGGAUUUUGCAUGAAUUUUACACCAAGGUCUUGCUAAGUGUUUGUUUUAGUUUUUUUUUUAUAUAUACAUUUUUUCCUAAUAAGAUAUGUAGUCUAUCUGGGCUGAUACAUUUUCCAGCCUUUUUACUUAGGACCUGUUUCUAUGUAUGAUCCAUGAUGUACUAGUAAAAAUAAGUACACAAAAUAAUCAUGUGUGGCCUAAUGAAUGUUGGCCUCACUGCGGGGCAGCCUUCCCAGGAGAAAUUCUACACCGUACUAACCCAGAUAUUGUAAGGUCAUAUCUACAUGCCGAGGAUUCUGCACCUAGUCCUGCCAUUCCUCACGCUGUGCUGCUGGAUUGAAUAUUUUCUCAGGAAAAUAUGCACACAGAGUAAUGGGCGCGCGGUAGUCUUACAGCCACAGUGCGCUCAUUUGGCCACGGAUUAGCUCCAUUCAUUUACAGCUGUGAAUCUGACUUUAGUAAACCUGUGCCGUGUUAGGAUGGCCUAAAGCAAAUGCUAAGGAAAGUGUCUCAUCUUAAAAUUAAUUUCACAGCUGUA